AUGGCUCUUCAGUAUAUCAGCAACGUCGCAUCCAAGGCUAAGUCUUGGAACUCGAAGCCCAUUUUGACAGACGAAGAUGAGGCCUUUUUGGAACGAGUCAUGUCGAGAGAGGAGCACGCAGAAGGUGUGAAACCGGCGGGUAAUGAUGCGCAGGUCGCAUUAAUGGACGGGGCACAGGAGAUUCCCUUGCCGGUUUCGCCUACUGAGGAAUUAAUAGUUGAAUCCUCACUGGCUGAAAAGGUGGCAGAAAAGCCAGCAGCAGCAGCAGAGCCGGUCGAGACCAAGAAGAAAUCCCGGCCCUGGAGCAUGUUGCUUAAGAGGAGCGGCACGCAAGUAAAAAAGGGCAAGAAAGCACAGCAGGAACCCGUCGCAACGGAUCCCAACGAGAUAGCGACUGCUCCCAAGACCGUCGAGUCCGCAGACGUCGGCGACACCGAGCAGCAGCAAGAACAAGAAGACUUGGCCAUUAUUCUCGAGCGCCUGAAUCUGGCAGCUGAAAACAACCGGGUGUUCUCCGUCGGUGACGAGACACAGGAGCUUCUCCAAAAGUUCAAGUUGAUUUUCAAGGAUCUAGUAACGGGCGUGCCGACCGCCUACCAUGACCUCGAACAGCUCCUGACCAACGGCGACAAACAGCUCAAGGAUACCUUUGGGCAUCUUCCCAGCUUUCUCCAAAAGCUAGUUGAACAACUUCCAGAGAAGUUUGGGCCCGAACUCAUGGCUGCAAGUAGCGAGAAGCCUUCACAAAGCGGAGUCAACAUGGAAAAUGCAGGCAAGGCUGCAGCAGCAGCGAAGAAGAUGGGCCUCAAAGUGCCGAAUCUGAAGGAGCUUGUUGGCAAGCCGACAGCGCUAGUGGGAAUGCUGCGGUCGAUUAUUACGUUUCUUCGCGCGCGAUUCCCGGCGGUGCUUGGUAUGAAUGUUCUGUGGUCGUUGGCAUUGUUCAUUGUCCUCCUCGUCCUGUGGUACUGCCAUAAACGCGGCAAAGAAGUCCGGCUCGAAAACGAGCGACUAGUUACCGAAGCCGAAGUGGCCAAGCUGAACGAGGAGAACGAGGAGCAGAUUCGUCCCACCGAGACGCUAAGCACAACAGCACCUAGGGACGCACCGAUUUCAGAUGUGCGCCAGGGUGUUGAGCAGGUGCAGAAAGCACGGGACGAAGCAGAGGUGCCUGAUCUGGCCGCCAACAGUGCAGCGCAGCCGUCUGUGCAGGCUCCGCAGACGCCGGCAGUAACGCCUUCGACUACGCCGGUUGUCUCUGGUAGCAGCAGCAGCAAGUCAGACAAUCGCCGGUUCUCCUUGUUCCGUUCGUUUUCAAAGCGCACGAAUCAUAACGACACCAGCAUCCAGCCAUAUCCAGGGACGUAG